AUGGAUUUCUUCUUCUUCUUCCUCGUGAAUUGCUUACUCUGCCUCUUCUCCUUCACCUUCCUUGGAUUCCUGGCAAGGAAAGCAGCCAACAACCAAACUCCGGCGGCCAAACUCCCGCCUGGACCCGCCCGGCUGCCAAUCAUCGGCAACAUCCACAAUCUGGGCCUCAACCCUCACAAAUCACUGGCCGACCUCGCCAAGGUCCAUGGGCCCUUGAUGAGCCUCAAGCUGGGCCAAGUCACCACAAUCGUGGCUUCUUCCCCAGCUGUAGCCAAGGAGAUUCUCCAAAAGCAUGACAAACUCCUCUCCGACCGCCAUAUCACCCUCGCCAUGGAAGCCGGUGACAUCCACAAAUUCGGCCUACCGUUGCUCCCCGUGGACUCCAAGUGGAGGAAUCUCCGGAAAGUGUGCAACUCAUACGUCUUCACCCCCCGGAAGUUGGAUUCGAACCAGGACCUCCGGAGGGAGAAGAUUACAGAGCUCCUGGAAGGUGUUCGACGAAAUGUGUGUGAGAGGCCGGGGGAGGCAGUGGAAGUUGGGAGACUGGUGUUCAAGGCAAGUUUGAAUGCUCUGUCAUCGACCAUUCUGUCGAUGGAUCUUGCAGAUGAGGAGAAGUCAGAGACUGCUCGGGAAUUCAAGGAGCUUGCGUGGGGGAUGCUGGAAGAGGCCGGAAAGCCCAAUUUGGGAGACUUUUUCCCUCUUCUGGCCAAGAUGGAUCUGCAGGGCAUACAAAGGCGGAUGGGGAACCAUGUAGCCAAGGUGCUGGAUCUGUUCGGAUGGGUGAUCGACCAACGGUUGCAAAAGCUCAAGUUUGAGCACUAUGUCUCCACUAACGACAUGCUUGACACACUUCUAGGCAUUGGAGAUGACGACGAUCGCGACGCUCAAAUGGAUCCACUUCACAUCAAACACUUGUUCUUGUUUGCUGCUGGAACUGACACAAGUUCAAGCACACUAGAAUGGGCAAUGACAGAACUCCUCCGUAGUCCCAGCACACUUGCUAAACUCAAGGAAGAACUAGACCAAACUAUUGGAAAAGGCAAUCAUCUUCAAGAGUCGGACAUCUCUCGUCUACCAUAUCUACGAGCAAUACUGAAAGAGACUUUCAGGCUACAUCCAGCAACGCCUCUUCUACUUCCCCGCAAGGCUAAGGAAGAUGUAGAAAUUUGUGGUUUCAUCGUGCCCAAAGGUGCAAGAAUUCUUGUUAACGUAUGGGCUAUUGGUCGGGAUCCAAUGACAUGGGAUGAUCCGAACUUGUUCCUACCAGAACGAUUCUUGGGUUCAGAGGUUGAUGCUAAGGGAAACAAUUUUGAACUUAUUCCAUUCGGUGCCGGAAGAAGGAUCUGCCCAGGAUUACCUUUGGCAUUGAGGAUGCUGCAUAUGAUAUUGGGUUCGCUGAUUCAUUGGUUUGAGUGGAAACUACCGGAUGGGAUCGAGCCGAAAGAGUUGGAUAUGAAUGAAAAAUUCGGGAUAAAUUUAAAGAAAGUAAAACCUCUGUUUGUUAUUCCAAAUCUUAGCCGCCACGUCGUCCUCGCCUUGCAAACCCUCGACCUCCACAAAUUCUCCAUUACCAUGCUCCCCGUGGAACCAAGGUGGAGGAACCUCAGGAGAGUGUGCAACUCGUACAUCUUCACCUCCCAGAAGCUGGAUUCGAACCAGGGCCUCAGGAGGGACAAGAUUGUGGAGCUAGUGGAAGGUGUUCGACGAAAUGCCUGCUCCGAGGAGAAGGUGGCGGUGGAUGUGGGGAAAGUGGCGUUCAGGGCCACUUUGAAUGCCCUGUCGGCAACCAUCCUGUCGAUGGAUCUGGCGGACGAGGCGACGUCAGAGGCCGCCAGGCAGUUCAAGGAGCUUGCGAGCGGGAUGACCCAUGAGGCCGGGACGCCCAACUUGGGAGACUUUUUCCCCUUUUUGGCCAAGUUCGAUUUGCAGGGGAUACAGAGGAGGAUUAGGGUUCAUAUGGAGAAGGCUUUGAAUCUUUUUGAAUGGUUAAUCGACCAACGGUUGAGGGAGCGCAAGUCGGAGAGCUAUGUCUCGGCUAACGACGUGCUCGAUACGCUUCUAGCCAUUAAUGACGACGCCGAAAAUCGAGAAGAGGUUCACAUGGAUCUACAACGCAUCAAGUACUUGUUCUUGGAUCUAUUUGUUGCUGGGACUGAUACAACUGCAACCACUCUAGAAUGGGCAAUGGCAGAGCUCCUCCGCAAUCCCAAAGCUCUUACUAAACUCAAGGAAGAACUAGACCAAACGAUUGGAAAAGAAAACCAUCUCAACGAAUCAGACAUUCCUCGAUUGCCAUAUUUACAAGCAGUAAUAAAAGAGAUAUUCAGGUUGCACCCACCUCUUCCCUUGCUACUGCCCCAUAAAGCAGGAGUAGACGUGGAAAUCGAUGGUUUCACCGUGCCCAAAGGUGCUCAGAUUCUAGUAAAUCUAUGGGCAAUAGGUCGAGAUCCGAUGAUAUGGGAUGACCCAAACUCGUUCACACCAGAAAGAUUCUUGGGUUCGGAGGUUGAUGCCAGGGGGAAUCACUUUGAGCUCAUCACAUUUGGCGCAGGGAGAAGGAUAUGCCCUGGAAUGUCAUUAGCGUAUAGGAUGUUGCAUAUGAUGUUAGGUUCGUUGGUUCAUUGGUUCGACUGGAAGCUGCCGAGUGGAGUCAAGCCAGAACAACUGAAUAUGAAAGAGAAGUUUGGAGUGACUCUGCAAAAGGCCAAACCCUUACUUGCUAUUCCGACUCUGAGAUGAGACCAUCAAUCAUCAUGGUGUAUGAAAAGAGAGGCUGAUCAUCUUUACUUUAAAAGGAGCGCUACUGUUGCCAAUUUUUAUUUAUUUUAUUCCUG